UCCGCUUCCGCCCCGACGCGCCGUCACCGUCAGGGGCCGCCGGGCCGGGCCCGGGACCGGGAGCGGGUCGGGAUCCCAGCAGGGCCCGGGGAUGGCCCUGUCCAAGCGGGAGCUGGACGAGCUGAAGCCAUGGGUGGAGAAGACGGUGAAGAGGGUGCUGGGCUUCUCGGAGCCCACCGUGGUGACGGCCGCGCUCAACUGCGUGGGCAAGGGCAUGGACAAGAAGAAAGCGGCCGACCACCUGAAGCCCUUCCUGGACGACUCCACCCUGCGGUUUGUGGACAAGCUCUUCGAGGCGGUGGAGGAGGGACGGAGCUCCCGCCACUCCAAAUCCAACAGCGACCGGAACCGCAAGCGGGAGCUGAAGGAUGUGUUUGGUGACGACUCUGAGGUGUCCAAGGAGUCCUCUGGCGUCAAGAAGCGGCGGAUACCGCGGUUCGAGGAGGUGGAGGAUGAGCCCGAGGUCAUCCCGGGCCCGCCGUCAGAGAGCCCGGGGAUGCUGACCAAGCUGCAGAUCAAGCAGAUGAUGGAGGCAGCCACCCGGCAGAUCGAGGAGAGGAAAAAGCAGCUGAGUUUCAUCAGCCCUCCGACACCACAGCCCAAAAUCUCCUCGUCGUCGCAGUCGGAGCGCCUGCCCAUCGGCAACACCAUCCAGCCCUCGCAGGCGGCCACCUUCAUGAACGACGCCAUCGAGAAGGCCCGCAAGGCCGCCGAGCUGCAGGCCCGGAUCCAGGCCCAGCUGGCCCUCAAGCCGGGGCUCAUCGGCAACGCCAACAUGGUGGGCUUGGCCAACCUGCACGCCAUGGGCAUCGCCCCGCCGAAGGUGGAGCUGAAGGACCAGACGAAGCCCACGCCGCUGAUCCUGGACGAGCAGGGCCGGACGGUGGACGCGACCGGGAAGGAGAUCGAGCUGACCCACCGCAUGCCCACCCUCAAGGCCAACAUCCGGGCGGUGAAGAGGGAGCAGUUCAAGCAGCAGCUCAAGGAAAAGCCCUCGGAGGACAUGGAGUCCAACACGUACUUCGACCCCCGGGUCUCCAUAACCCCUGCCCAGCGGCAGAAACGCACCUUCAAGUUCCAUGAAAAGGGCAAAUUCGAGAAGAUCGCCCAGAGGUUGCGAACGAAGGCUCAGCUAGAAAAGCUGCAGGCAGAGAUCUCCCAGGCUGCCAGGAAAACUGGGAUUCACACCUCCACCAAGUUGGCUCUGAUCACCCCUAAGAAGGAGCUGAAGGAGGGGGAGAUCCCGGAGAUCGAGUGGUGGGAUUCCUACAUCAUCCCCAACGGCCUGGAUUUGUGA